AUGGUCACUUGGGCCGCUUUGCUGACGGUAUGCAUGUGGAUACAAACCCAAACUGCCUCAGGAGAGCACGCAUGUGCUUCUACUCCACGUGUGCUAGUGGAUUUCACUGUAAAAUACUCCCUCCCCCACUUCCAAACGGACAGAGCUAUACAGAACAUAGCUGUGAACCAGGAGGAGAAUCACCAAGAGGUGUACGUUGCAAGCCAGAAUGUCAUAGAGGCAGUCAACGAUGCAAUGGAAAAAAUAUGGCAAGUGAAAACUGGACCUGUAGGCAGUCCUCACUGUGAAACCUGUCGGGUGUGUGACGUAGAAAUAGAUCCCGGGGAUCCAGUGGAAACGGACAAUGAGGUUCUGCUUUUGGAUUUUUCUACAUUUCCCAGUCCUUCCUUGUACAUUUGUGGGAGUACUCAGCAUGGGAUCUGUCACUACAUUGAAGUCGGAACUCCAAAGCCUAUCCCUAAGUGUUUAUACAAAAAAGGGCAAAACUCUCCAACCAACUGUCCAGACUGUCUGGCUAGCCCACUUGGCACUAAAGUCACCAUUGUUGAAGAGGCAGCCAUAACGCUGUUCUUUGUGGCAGCCUCUGUCAAUGACAAAGUGGCACAGAGGUAUCCAAGGAGGUCAAUAUCAGUCAUGAGGCCACUUUCAACUGAAGAUGGCUUUCAUAUGGUCAUGGAUGGCCUGACAGUGCUCCCCAGUUUACGGAACUCUUACCCAAUUGAUUACAUCUACAGCUUCGCCACCAAAGACUAUGUCUACUUCUUGUCCCUGCAGAGAGAAAAUCCAUUCAAGAGCAAUUCAGCUUUUCAGACUCGUCUGGGACGACAGCCGAUAUUAAUCCCAGAGGUGUGGAUGUACAGAGAGGUGGUCCUGGAGUGCAGGUACCAACCAAAGCGCAGAAGGAGACAGAGAGAGGAUUACCGGUACAUUGUGUAUAAUGGGCUACAGACGGCAUACUUUGGGCGAGUGGGGAAGGACUUAGCAAAUGAGAUGACGGUGACAGAGAGAGAAGACAUUCUGUAUGGGGUGUUUACAGAGGUGAAUGAGCGUGGUGAACCUAAAAAACACUCUGCCCUGUGUGCCUUCCCUUUGAGUAAAAUAAACCAAGCGAUAGAUGAUGGUGUGGAGGCCUGCUGCAAGUCAGGUCCAGAACAGCUGUCCAGAGGUCUCUGUCACUUCCAGGCGUGUGAGGGCUGCCCACAUGAAAGCUCUGAAGACAAUGACACGUGCAUUGUCAAACCCACUCUGGUGUCAAAGCCGUACUACAGACAAGACCUCUUCAACAGUCAGAUGAGAGACGUCCUUUUCACCGCUGUCCUGGUCACCACUAUUGGGAAUCACACGCUGGGCCACUUUGGUACCUCAGAUGGCCGGAUACUGCAGGUGAUUCUUACUUUGUACAGGCCUUUUGUUUUUGCCAACUACUCUCUUGGAGAAACCAAAGUGUCCAGGACAGCAGAGGUGUACUCCAAUGAUUUACUUCUCUUCGCAGUGGGAAAUAAGAUGUUCAGGGUGCCCUCUGCAGGACCAGGGUGUGCCCAUUUUAUGACAUGCUCCAAGUGUUUGAUGGCUCCACGCUUCAUGAACUGCGGCUGGUGUUCAGGAAUCUGCGUCAGGCGGCAUGAGUGUGCUUCAAAGUGGAACAAAGACUCAUGCACACCUGUUAUAACUCAGUUCUUCCCUAAAAUGGCACCUGCUGGUGGUGAGACAGAGGUGACACUGUGUGGCUGGGAGUUUCAAUCUCCUCUGCCACCCGCCAUCAUCAGCGGCAAAACCCACAUCAUCACAGUGGGCUCUGGGAACUUGUGUACUAUCCUGCCUGAAAAUAGCAGUUGUGAAGUCCUGGUAUGCAAGAUUCGGGAAUACACACCAAACCCGGACCUAGCCAUCACUCUGGAAGUACACGAGGGGGAAGUAAAGGGACACUACUCAAUUGAAGGCACAGCUCAGAUGUCUGGCUUCUCUUUUGUGGAGCCAAGCAUAACAGAAAUCACGCCUGAAUAUGGACCUGUGUUUGGAGGAACAACAGUUACACUGACGGGCAGGUAUCUUAAUUCUGGGAUACAGAGAGAUGUCUUCUUUGCUGACAAAAAGUGCAACAUUCAAAGUGUUACUGAAGGAAUAGGGAUUUCUUCAAUCAUCUGCCACACAGCAGCAGCAGCAGGUGUUGGGGAGGUACCUGUGAAAAUCUUGAUUGACAACUUUCAAGUGACAACCCCUAAAAUGUUUUUCUACAAGAACAACCCCGUUAUAACCUCUGUACAUCCUCAUUGCAGUUUGCAAAGUGGCUCCAAGCUGGUGAUAGAAGGUCAGUAUCUUGACUCUGCCCACAAAACUGUGGUUCAGUACAUUUCCAAAAAUCCCAACAUGCAGUCGCUUGAACUGGUCUGCAACGGCACAACAAAUGCCACAUAUAUGGAGUGCUGGGCCCCUGCUUUUACAGAGGAAAUACCAGAAGAAAAGUCUGACACAGGAGAGAUUUUUAUUCACAUGGACGGGAAACGUAACCUCUGGAAGAAACGUUUUGACUACCACCAUAAUGUUAAAAUCAUUCCCUUUGAAAAUGAUGACAAUGAAUUACCUCUGAAGCCAGGAGAGACGGAAGUUUCACUGCAUCAUAGCAAACUGAACAGAGCAAGCACAUGUAUGCAGAUCACAAUGACCGUUGGGGGUGUGAACUGCCAUGCCCAGGUUCUGUCAAACGAACUGACCUGCAGGAUUCCUAAAGGCUUGCUUAUUCCCAGCGAGGGAUUACCUGUCAAGGUGUCUGUGAAUGGGGAAGUUCAUGAUGUGGGUACUGUAGUCAACAAUCACAGCAACAACAACACUGUGAUUGUGGGCAUUGUCCUGGGCAUCAUUGCUGCACUGGUGGUAGGUGCUGGUCUGGCAUUACUUGUGAUGAUCCAUUUAAGGAAGAAAAAGAAAGCAAAUAUAGAGAAUCGUUUAUCAUCAGUGCUUUCAUGGAACCGCAUGGGCAGCAGUCCUGAUUUUGUCCCAACAGGUGACUACAGAAGAGUGGAUCUGGCCAGUCAAACAUCAGGGUCCGGAGGGAUGGCUUUCCAAGGUUUAUUGUAUGCUGCCAGCCAUGAUCUGUCCAUUCCUCUAAUGCCACGAGACAAUAUCUCAAUGGUCAGUCUAAGCUCUGAUCUUCUUGAAGAGGUCAAAGAUGUCCUGAUCCCUGCUGAGAUGCUCCGAAUUGAGGAUAGCCAGAUUAUUGGCAAAGGUCACUUUGGGACAGUUUAUCAUGGAUAUCUGAUAGACUGCAACAACCAAGAGACCCACUGUGCUGUUAAAUCAUUAAACCGAAUCACAGAUUUGGGAGAGGUGGAUCAGUUCCUCAGAGAGGGCAUCAUCAUGAAAGGUUUUCACCACCCCAACAUACUGUCACUGCUGGGCAUCAUGCUGCCUAAAGAAGGGCUCCCUCUGGUGGUUCUACCAUAUAUGAAGCACGGAGAUGUGCGCCAUUUCAUCCGCUCUGAGAAAAGGAACCCAACAGUUAAAGACCUGAUAGGCUUUGGGCUUCAGGUUGCCAUGGGAAUGGAGUAUUUAGCCCAGAAAAAAUUUGUCCACAGAGACCUGGCUGCACGUAACUGCAUGUUGGAUGAAACCUACACUGUAAAGGUGGCUGACUUCGGCAUGGCAAGGGACAUCUAUGACAAGGAAUACUACAGCAUUCAAGAUCACAAACGGGUAAAGCUGCCUGUGAAGUGGAUGGCCCUCGAAAGCCUGCAAACACAAAAGUUCACUACUAAGUCCGAUGUGUGGUCAUAUGGCAUCUUAAUGUGGGAGCUGUUGACCAGAGGUGCUAACCCAUAUCCAAAUGUGGACCCCUAUGACAUCACACACUACUUGUUGAAGGGACGCCGGCUCGCCCAGCCACAGUUUUGCCCUGAUACUCUCUAUUCUAUCAUGCUGACAUGUUGGGACCCGGAGCCUGAGUUUAGGCCUAGCUUCAAUAGCCUGGUUACAGAUGUACAAAACAUCCUGUCCUGUCUGGAAGGAGAGCACUACAUCAAUCUGAAGGUUAACUAUGUCAACUUAGAUCAGCCACGGCCCUACCCAUCCCUGACUGGAUCUGCAGAUGAGGCUGAGGGCUCAGACUUGGACACAGACAGCCAGGCCACCAGCUGAGGGUGCAAAGUCCUUGAGACUCUCUUAUAAGAGCGCAGGAUCUGGAUUAAAGUUGGAAACCAUACAAGAAAAGACACAUGUUUGCCUAGAACCAUUCAAGCAUCACAGAAAUUGUUGAUCAUGUCUACAAAUCUGAGUACAUGGAAGGUUUGGCUACUGAUUUAAAAAUCACUGUAUAAAGUCCUAUUAGGGCUGAGACAAAAGUACCCUAUCCUUGUUACAUUUUUUGUAACAAAAUAGAGACCGCAUGUUUAAUAGUGUUACAACAGACGUGACAAGUAGAUUGACUUAAAUGUUGUUUACACAUCUGAAGCACAAGUGUGACAAAAUGAAUGUAAAAUGUGCUUUUGUUCUCAGACUUGUAGAAUUUAAUGGGUGGCUACAAUUCGAAUUUAGAGAGUUAGACACAGGCUCUGUAAAUUCUAUAAGUGCUCAAGGGUCCUCAUUUGUAGCUUUUUUUACACAAUAUUCCUGCCAUAGAAUGUAGACUAAAUACAACGGGACAUGUAAAUGUGAAAUCAUACUGUAUGCAGAAUAACUCAUUCUUCUCAGAUUUAGAGCCAUUGACAUUUGCUCUGCCAAAAGCUCUGCACCUAUGAAUUAUAUAUUAUGCUGUCCAUGUUGUUCAAAUAUAUAUAUAUUCAGGCUUAGAAACACAUCCAGUCCCUUUCAUCAUCACUAGAGGGCAACCAAUGUCUUCUCCUUAAGCAUCAAUCGCUGCUGCAGUGAUGUCUGCUGCACUACAGCAGCUCAACACAAAGAUAACACACAAACAGUACAACUACAUUCAUCUGGAAAACAAAAUCUGUCUUUCAACUAGCAUACCAUUCUUUCCAGCAAAUUACCAUGAGGAGCCAAGGGAUUUUAAAAGUUAUGCACUGAUUUUUUAAAUUUUUAUACUGACAAUGCAGUACAGUUAACCAAUAACCUAGUUUAUGUUGACCAACACUAUUUCUAUCAGGGGUAAUAGAUUUGAUUCUGGUAUACUUGAUUUUCUCUUCUUCGUACCAAUAGAGCUGAUGUUUCUUUGCUCUAGGUUACACUGUAAACUAUUUUUUUGUGCAGACAAAUUGUUGAUUGUGCAUAAUUGUCUGUAAAGCGUGUCAACAGAAUAAAUGUUUCCCUAGAUUAGUU